AAUUGACAUAUUUGACAUUGACAAGUUUUUGUGUUCAUUCAUUACGGAACAUUUCGCAUCGCAUUUGAUUUUGCAAACAAUACGAAUACGCAACAGUACGAAUUAUGGCGUUAAGUUAUUUAUCCGAGGGCGAAGCGCCCCGGGACUUCAAGGUGUCGUCGACGGAGAGUGAUGGCCAUUACACCAAGUGCCUCCUUUGUUAUACGGUUAAGAGGAACUUCUACUGCCAGGACUGCAUAAAGACAGGCAGCUUCGUACAUUCAUCGAUGCCCUACUCAGACAGAUACUCAGAAAAACAAGCAAAAUUACUCAGACUGAAAGCAAACAGAAAACACAUAUUGGACAGAUGUGAAAAACUAUUAUCAGGGAAAAUAAAGAAGGACAACUUACUGACGGAGGCCAAACAAUCCCGAGACAGACUUGACUUACUGCGGUUAGCGAUAGAGCAGCGCAAGAACAACAUUGACGAAAAGAAAAAAGAAUUGUUAAAUUUAAAACAGCAGAACCAUGAUUUGAGUAUGAAACUGCCGCGGUACCAGAAGCGGGUGUCACUGCUGGGCAAGCACGCCCAGGAGCAGCAGAUGGAGCUGCAGAACCGGAUGAGCCGCUACAGCGAGCAGGCCGACCAGCUGGCCGCGCUCCGGCGCUCGCGGAUAAGGCAGCUCACUAAGUACAUAUUCCCAGUUUACAUAAGCUAUGAUACAAGUGACAGUAUCGAGGACAUGGAGUUUGUAGGGGAGGACGCGGAGGAGGAGGCUCCGUGCCGCUCGCAACUGCACAUCGUGGCGCCGUGGGUCAGCGCCGACGGCGACCUGGCGCACGUGCAGUCUUGGCUAGUACAGAACAAAGAGGCGGUGGGCGCGGGCGCUGGCGCGGGCGCGUGGAACCCGCUGCACCGCACGCAGGCGGCGCUGGCGCUGGCGGCGCAGCUGGCCGCGCUGCUGGCCUGGACCAUCGACAUGCGCCCGCCGCACACCAUCUCGCUCAGCGAGUACAGCAGCUGGCGCGGCGGGGGCGCGGCGCUGUCGGCGCGCUGGCGGCGGCUGGCGGGCGCGGGCGCGGCGCUGUGCUGGCGGGGGNUCCUUAAACCCUGGAUCACCCCAGGUCUAUUGAGGUGUAUCCAAAACAGGGAUAACAUGCACAAAAGACUCAGAAAUGAGCCUAACAAUGAAAUCCUUCGCAUUGGUAGGUCCCUCGCCGAAGAAAUUCUCUCAAAUAAUUCCGGUCCUCCCUCCUCUUCUCCUACACCUCCUGUUUCUUCUUCGUCUUCUGCCUGUCAAUCUUUCGUUCUCCUGAGUGCCUCUACCGCAGAGGUUGAAACCCUUCUAUUAUCCCUCAGGGAGGAGUGCGCAGUUGGUUGGGAUAAUAUCCCUACCACCCUCUUGAGGCGCUGUAAAGACCAGCUAGUCCCUCCUNGUUGGGAUAAUAUCCCUACCACCCUCUUGAGGCGCUGUAAGGACCAGCUAGUCCCUCCUAUUGCACACAUCUGCAACCUCUGCCUUUCCUCAGGUUGCUUUCCGGAUGCUUUUAAAAAGGCACUAGUUCACCCAAUCUACAAGUCUGGGGAUCGAAACCGUGUCAAUAACUACCGUCCUAUAUCGGUUCUGCCAGCCUUGUCGAAAAUCUUAGAGCGGUUAAUAAACAACAGACUGAUCAAAUUCAUUGAGGAGCGGGAUUUCUUGUCUCCUGGUCAACACGGCUUUAGACAGGGUAAAUCUACAGCUGAUGCGGNGGCGCGGGCGCGGCGCUGUGCUGGCGGGGGGGCGUGGCCGCGCCCACCGCGCCGCACGCGCUGGCUGCGCUGCACGCGCUCGCACGCGCCGCUAGCGCCGACGACGCCAUGCUCGGACGGCUUCGCCACGUAG